AUGACUGAAAAGGUUGAGAGUUAUCUGCUCCAAAAUAGAAAUUCAGCCAAAGGAGACGUAGCUGACAACUGGAAAGAGCUUCAGGAUCUUUAUUCUAAAAAGUGAGAUUUUUGUUUCAAAGUUAUAACUUAAUAAAGUUUUUAGACUUUGGCAUCAACUGACAACUGCUGUGCGAGCUUUGCUUGCAAAACCGGCCUUUGUUUCAAAGCUAAAUCUUCAAGAAUUUUAUGAAAAGUGGGUGCUGAAAAUUUUUAUUUAUCAAAAUGUCUCCAUCUCAGUUUUAUCUCGGAGUUUGAGCACCGAAUCAACACUUUACAGUUAGCCGAAAUAUCUAUACCAAUCGCCAAGUACAUUUAUAAUAAAAGGUAUUUUUUUAUAAAUCUAUAAAUUUCAAGAAUUAAAUUAAAAAGUUUAAGACAAGCAAGGUGCCUAUGAUUUUUUUGAGCAAGAUUGAGAAGGCGGUUACAAAAGACAAGGUAAUUUCCAGAUUAAACAAAUGCGUUUUUGUGUAAAUGAAAAAAAAAAUAGGUGGCCAUAGCUCGUCUACACACUGGUCAGAUUGAACUUCGACUUCUGCACAAGGAUCAAAAUGACCAAAUUGUUGAUAUUAAGCUCAUUCGGGUCAGUUUUUUUUCAGUGAAUAACUUAUUUAAGAUUUUCCUCUUGAGAAUUGUAUUUGAGAAGGUAUAGUUUAAUCGGAUUCACUUUAUAGGAGCUUAUCGACUCUACGCAGAAAGAAGUUGAAAGCCUUGUUGGCGUCACCGAAGUCCACGCGCCUUUCUACAAGGUACCAAGGUUAUUUUUUCUUCUCACGUAGUUUCUCUGCAGGUCUCUUCUCUGUAUCUGCGUGAACUCGGGGAUUUCGCCGGGUACUACCGCGAGGCUUUGCGAUACCUCGGAGUCGAAGACACUAAUAUCCUUACCAAAGAAGAGAGACACUGUCAGGCUGUUUUGGUUGGCUUUGCCGCUCUUCUCGGCGAGAACAUAUACAAUUUCGGAGAGCUGGUAAGUUUUUGUAUGAAAAAGUUGAACGAGCGAGAAGGUCAAUGUUCCGUUUUUCAUCAGGAAUAGAGGUUCCGAAUAUUUCUUCUUGUGAAAAAAAUCGCGAAAUGACAUCAACAAAUUUAAAUGAUGAAUGCCUAUUAUAAAUUUCUUUAAGUUUUGAGAAGGGUAUUUUAAAAAUCAAUCUCGACUUCUUUACAAAUUUUACUUCCCUGAAGUUUUUAUUUCAAAAUUGAGUUUAGCUCGCCCAUCCUAUUCUGAAGUCACUUGACGGUUCAAGCGAACGUUGGAUCACGGAUGUAAGGCAAAAAAAAAAUUCGAAAUGGUCUUUUUCUUUUUUAUUCAAGGUUCUCCUUGCGUUCAACAGCGGCGAUCUGACCAAGUUCUACGCUUUGGAGCCUCAAUGGAGCGGUUGGGACGAUCUCAAAAAACAGAAAGAGUUUCUCAUUGGAAAAAUUCGUCUUCUUGCGAUCAUGGAGGUUUAUUCCCCUGUUCUGAUCAGUGAAAGUUGCUUUGUUAGAUUGCUCUCGCACGUCCAUCUAAAGCUCGGAACGUUUCAUUCAAAGAAAUUGCAGCCAAGUGUCAAGUUAAUGUCAGCGAGGUUUUUAUAAAUUUCAGUUUCCCCCAAUUUUUUUUGAUUCAUCAGGUUGAGUUUUUGGUGAUGAAAGCGUUGAGCAAAGGACUUGUCCAAGGAGCGAUUGAUCAAGUUGAACAAAUUGUUCAAAUAACUUGGGUUCAGCCGCGGGUUCUGGAUGCACAGCAGGUUGGCCUUUAGACGUUUUGAGAGCCUCGUUUGAACAUUUCAAGAAAAAAAACCUUUAUGAAGCAAGAAUUUUCGUACAAUUAUAUAGUGCAGCCCGCCACAAACGCUCAUUUCAACGUGGUAACUUGGGGAUAAAAUUUUUAAAUUUCUGAACUGGAUUGAAAGGUCCAAAGCUGCUUGCAAAUUCUUGUUUGAAUCAUAUUUUUAUAGUUGAUUUGCGGUGAUAUUAGAACCAAAAUCUAUUUUUUUUUUUCCUCAUAAAAUCUUUAUUUGAAACAUGAAACUGUUCAGAAAAAAAUUUUUCUCAUAGUUUUUCUGUUUUUUUCUAAAAAAAUUUAUCACGGCAUCAUUAAUUCCGAAGAAGAUAUUUUUGAAGGACAAUUUUUUUUUUGAAAUAAAUGUAAAAUAUUUAUAAGCUCAGGUAUCCUGUGCAAAAAGGUGUUGGUAUUUCAACAAUAAAAUAUUUUUCGACAAAUAGCUUAUUGAAACCUUUUUGGGCGAUCAGCAGUUCAUCACUAACUGAACGUUUUUUAUUAGAUUUAGAAACCUAAGUAUGCUGAGAAAUGUUAAAUGAACAUUGAAGCCCGGAAAUUCUUACAGAUCCUGACUAUGGCCUCCAGAAUCACUGCCUGGAGAAAGGACGUAACUUCGAUGGAGAACAUUGUCGCUGAGAAUGCGCGUGAAAUACUCACCAAGAACUAA